AUGGACUGGUGGGCGUUGAGGGACUACCCCCGGCCCGAUCCGGGGAUGGCUCGCCUGUGUCCCCGGCUCUGGCAAGCGUGGGUGGUGGGACUGAUCGCGGGAUCCAUGUUCCUGCUGGAGUAUGACAUCUGGGUGUACGCAGGGUUCGUUGCCGCGCUCUUCCUGGCGACGGCCCUCAUCCCAGACUCGGGGGACAGCCCGUCCCCGUACUUCAUGCACCUGGCAAUCCCUUUCUUCGCCGUCAAGGGCGUGCACGAGGGCGGCGGGUGGACGGCGAUAAGCUUCUACUGGGCGUUCUUCUUCCUACCCUUGGCCGACUUCGUCGUGGGCGUGGACACUUUCAACAAGCGGGACGCAGAGUACAAGGUCCUGCGAGAAAGGAAAUGGUUCCGGAUAGCCUCCUGGAUAUUCCUUCCGGCCCAGCUGGCUCUCUUGGCCUACGGUUGCCACGCCGUGAACACCAUCCCUCUGACGCCCCUCGAAUUUUUCGGUUUUGUGGUGUCUGUCGCGGUGUACACGGGCGGGAUCGGCAUCACCCUUAGCCACGAGCUGGUGCACAAGUCCAACCGUAUCGAGCAGUGGCUGGGACGAGCGAUGUGCGUCAUGAUAAGCUACGGCCACUUCUACGUCGAGCACAACAGGGGACACCACAAGCUUGUGGCCACGGACGAGGACCCGGCCACCGCGAGGUUUGGGGAGUCUUUCUACUCGUUCCUGCCUCGCUGCGUGGUGGGGAGCUUCGCCAGCGCGUGGAGGCUGGAGACCGACCGCCUCCGCGACAGGAACCUCCCGUUCUACCACAACGAGAUGCUCUGGUACUGGGUAGCCUCCUCGUGCCUCUGCGCCCUCUUGACCGCGAUGUUCGGCCCUCUGACCAUCCCGCUGUUCGUGGGACAGAGCUUGAUCGGAAUCUUCUUCUUCGAGUCGGUCAACUACGUCGAACACUACGGGCUCGAGCGCAAGCGAGACGAGCAGGGGAGGACGGAGCCGGUCGGGUUCGAGCACAGCUGGGACGCUCCCCACCGGCUGACCAACAUGGUGCUGUUCAAGCUCCAGAGGCACGGGGACCACCACGUCAACAGCACACGCCGUUACCAGACCCUUCGGGCCGAGCCCAGCCGCAGCCCCCAGCUCCCGUUGGGCUACCCGGGCUGUAUCCUCCUGGCACUCUUCCCUCCCCUCUGGAGGGCCGUCAUGGACAAGCGCGUGCUCAAGCUGCGGAGCAACAACCACCCGGGAAGGGCUUGGCGCCACGGGCCCCCUUCCUAG